AUGUAUAGAUUAGUAUUUCAGAAAUCUGUCACUGUGACAGGUGUUAAUCAUGGUCGUCAUAUUUCAUGUGUAUCGCCAGACCGGGUCUGGAUCAGUGAUUGGUACAAUCUUAUCCUGACAAACUCAACAGGUCAUAGACUAGAGCAGCUGAAAGAUGUAGGUUGUGGAUGGGGAGUACACACCGUGAACUCUGACGGUGAUCUAAUUUACAUUGACAGUGAGCACAACAUCAACAAACUGUCUACAGAUAACAAAGACAAGACAACAUUAAUAAAGUACAACACAGCACCAUGGAUACCACUGUGUGUCUACAGCUCCCCCACCACUGGAGAUCUGAUGGUCGGGAUGUGUGAUACUGAUCCAUGGACAGGCAAGGUAGUCCGUUAUAACUCCUCAGGAGAAAACAUCCACACCAUACAGCAUGACAAAAUAACAGCUAUGGGAUUGUAUAGUCUACCUAUCUACAUCACAGAGAACCGCAAUGGAGAUGUUAUUGUAUCUGACUAUUAUUAUGGUGUAGUGGUAACAGAUCGUAGGGGUAACUAUCGCUUCUCAUACACAGGUCCUCCAUCAGGAUCAGGAUUAUGGUCACAUGGAAUUUGUACAGAUGCCCUGUCACAUAUCCUGGUGUGUGAUGAUCAAACACAGUCAAUACAUAUAAUUAACUGUAACGGUGAAUUUCUGUCACAGAUACUGUCUCCACAGCACGGCAUAGACAGACCAUUUGGUCUAUGUUAUUAUGAAAAAACACACAAACUUUGGGUUGGGUCACUCAACAACAACACAGCAAAUAUAUACAAAGUGGUACAUCGAGACUCCCUCACUGGAACUCAUAAAAUGGAUGAGGAGGGUGCUAUUAGUAGUCCCGGAGAGUCUUGGAUUGCGAGUCUGUCGAAGUUUGGCAGCGAUAGACCUGUAAUAUAUGGGGAUAGUAAUCGUAUGGACUCUGGUUUGGGAUUGUCUGGGAUUGGUAUUGAAGAGAGCCACGAAGAUCUUCCUGAUUACUCUGAAGAGAGUGGAGGAAAACGUUUAAAGAGGGAAAAGAGAGAAUUGGCUGAAGAGAAAGAUAUACUUAUUGUUACAUCUAAAGUUAACAUGCCUCAGAAUGUCAGUGUAAAGGAUUUGACUUGA